AUGGUCACCCAGCCCGCGCCCGUGGACAAGUCCCUCACCAUUCACCGCGAGGCCACGGUGCGGCGUCUCGCCGACUACCUCGUCCGUCUGCUCACGGACCUCUCGACCCCGCGCCCGUCGGAGCGCGCCUACGCGGGCCUCCUCGCCGAGACGGUGCAGCGCGUCGCCGGUCGUGCGUGCUGGAUCAUCCGCUCCGCCAUCCACCCGAGCGAGCAGGAGCGCAUCCUCGCACGGACGAAUCCCUGGCUGCAUGAGAUUCGCGACCGUCUGGAGUCCUGCGCGCACACGGAGACGGGCCCGGACGGCGCGGCCCGCACCGUCGCCGAGUGGACGUUGGACGAUCAGCAGCUUACGAGGCUGACGCUCGAGGCGGACCGGAUCCAAGCCGAGACGGUCACCAUUGACGAUAACGACCGCAGCGCUCGCCGCGUGCUCAUCCCCGCCAAGGCCCCUCCAAUCCUCUUCGAGGACAAACUCGAGGACCUACGCGACCGCCUGAUGCCGGAGCGCUGUCUCGGUCCGUGGAUCCAGUUCCCGCGCGUGCGGCAGUGGCUCGACCACUGCGACGCGCAGCACGCCGCCCACUGCCAGCUGUCGGCCGCGAGCCGCGCCAUCUUCGCGCACCACCCCGAGUGGCUGGUCGACGUCGCCCGGCGCUGCCUCGUCCCGGCGCGACCCGGCCAGCGGUACCUCGCGCUGAGCUACGUCUGGGGCCCGCGUGCCUCGUUCCAGACGCUCCGGGGCAACGUCGAGGCGCUGCAGCGCGACGGCGCCCUUGCCCCGGGCCGCGACGCGCAUGGGGGGGACAAGACGCCGAGAAUCGCCGGGCUGGACACCUUGGCCUACACCAUCGCCGACGUCAUCGAGUUUGUCGCCCGUCUUGGCGAGGCAUAUCUGUGGGUCGACGCGCUCUGCAUCGUGCAAGACGACGAGGCGCACAAGCAGGAGCACCUCGCGCACAUGGGCAGCAUCUACGCCAACGCCUACGCCACCAUUGUCGUCGCGCACGGCGCAUCCCACCACGGGCUGUGCGGGAUCGAGGACGUGACGCCGCCGAUGCGCCGUGCGCGGUCCGGCGCCCCGUACACGCCGUCCUACGUGCGCCGGCCGGGGACCCUCGCCGCGGCGGUGCAGCGCCACAUGGCGACCGUGCAGCAGUCGACGUGGAACCAGCGCGCGUGGACAUUCCAGGAGCAAAUCUUUUCGCGGCGGCUCCUCAUCCUCGCCGACGACGAGGUCGCGUGGGAGUGCCACUGCAACGUCUGGCUGGAAGGCGUGGCAGCGGUCGAGGCGCAGUGCGCGCGCAACACGGCCGUCGUCGCCGCAGGCUUCUCGUUUCACAUGAACCCCACGUUCAAGAACUACGCCGACCACGUGCAGCAGUACAACCGGCGGCAGCUCAGCUACCCAGAGGACUCAAUGGACGCGUUCGCAGGCAUUCUCACGGUGCUGCAGACUACCUUUCUCGGGGGCUUCGUGUGCUGCUUGCCCGUCAUGUUCUUCGAUACGGCGCUGCUGUGGUACAAUGAAGGCAUGGUGGAUGCGCGCGUGCCGAGACGGCGGCGUGGCGGGGACGGCGUGGUGCCGACCUGGACCUGGGCCGCGUACGGCGGCACUAUUGCGUUUCCCGACUUUUCAACGGCCAAGGAAGGGGUGCGGCCGCUCGUGCGGUGGAAGUACUGCCGCGGCGACGUGAGCCGGUGGUGGCCGGUGCCCUCGCUGGAGAAGCAACAGUCUGAGAAAAGGUUUCCCACAGCGGCGGAGCUGCAGGCGCUCCUCGGGACGAUGAGCCUGGAAGAUGGCAACCCGGUGGCAGCAGGCGAGCCUCCGUUCCCUGAAGGCACUGGCAUAACGUACCACCACCUUUUGCAUGCGCGACCGGAGCGAGCUGUAUUCAACGUGCUGGACUACUAUGGUGACGAGGGCGUUCCGCUGGUCGGCGCAUCUGGAGAGUGCGUAGGGGUGCUCACUCCGUGCAAGAAGCUGGGCAGCCGUGAAGUCGAUACCAAGACUGUGAUUCCGUGCGAGCUGGUGGCCGUUUCGGAAUCCUUCAUCAACGGCGCGGAGACGUACAACGUGUUGUGGAUUGAGAAGAAGGACGAGGUAUAUGUUCGCAAAGGCGUGGGCCGGAUCCUCAAGUCGGACUGGGUGAGCCAGAAGCCGGAGCGAAUGGACUUGCUCUUGGUAUAG